UGGCAGCUAGUCUUAUGCGCGACCCACUGAUACCAGCCGCUCCUCUCGGUGGAGCAGCGAUUAAUCGUUUCGAUCGAUCGUUACGAUUUCCCAUGAACUGGUGAACGUUCCUCGACCCGGUGACACUUUUCAUUAAAUUUAGUCGAAAGUGUAGCCUCGACUCUUCGAGGGGAGGCGAGCUUCGGUUUCGUUCCAUUUCGUGUGAUCGCGUAAUCUCUGGCCAAAAUCAUCCCACGGAUCUUCUCUUAGUGAUUUAAGGCGUAAUCGCUGGCCAAAGUCAACUUCCGAAGUGAUCGAAGCAGUAAUAUUAUACAGAAUCGUCUUCAGAUGAUCAGAGAGUCUUUAGCCAAAGUAAAGUCUUAAAUGAUUUUAGUUAGAAUCGUCUUUCAAAGUGAUCUGGACGUAAGCUCUGGUCAGAACCGAAGGGACCUGCUAACUGCUGUGAUCUCUCCUGACGGGUAACCCUUUGAGGUGAUCCAAGUGUAAUUUUGGCUAGAAAGUUCUUGUUCCCAGUGAAUCCAUAAUCCUCGUUAAAUACUUAUUCAGAGGGGGCAAGAAUUAUUGAUUUGUGAAUUUAUUGCUUCAAGCUAAUUGAUCUGUGCUCCUUAAAAUUAAUUCGAAAUUAUUCUGUGCAAUCGUUUCCCGUUUAUGAAAUUGCGAACUCUAAUUUCUAUUCAUAAUCUCGUCAAGAGUCUCUUCGACAGUCAGAAAAUAUAAUUUUCCUCGACAGACAGCCUUGAAAUUUUAUUUGAAACGGUGUGCUUUUUCGAAGCCUUGAUGUAAUUUUGACUAUUUCAUUCUGAAAUCGCAUCAUCACGUCAAUCUGACGGUCUCGCACAAAUCUCAAUCACUUGACCGUGCAAUUCUGGCCAAAAUCUCGUCCUGGUAUCAGAUAUUUCGCGUCAAUCAACCUUGCGAGUCUAUUUUCACGGAUUUCGAGUGGUCAACGUGUAAUCUUGACUCUCGGAACAUCUAAGGCAGCACCCAAGCGAAAUCAAAAGGUCAAUUGGUGAUCUAACAUGGUCGUAUUUACGACGUUCUAAAAGUACGAUUUUUAAUAUCGUCCUUUAAAGCAUUUCACUCAACUUGUCAGUAGUGACGAAGUUUCAAGUAAAGAGUGUAAUCUCUGACAAGAUUCGAAUCAACCAGUGAUCAUUACUUCGUUCCAAUAUUUCAAUUGCCUUGCCAAGUGAGACUCGAUCAAGCUCCUGCGAUUCCGAACAGGAUUUCAUUCUUAAAUCAACCUGUGCAAUCCUGAAGUGAAACAGGAUCAGCCCGUGACCACAACGGGCCUCACGUUGGAGAUAUGACGUCCGGCUGCUUCGCACCACCGCCGCUUCGACCACCGAUCGACUUGAACGAUCAAUCUGACACAGUCAAGGGCACCGAUCUGAUAAGAGUGUCGAGGUUUUAUCCAGGCAGCAAAGAAGGGAAAUUCAUUAGUUUCAUCUACGAGGAUACGAGGACACUUUACGACGGUUUCCGAAAAGGUGCCAAAGAGUCAAACAAUGGCCGUUGUCUGGGUUGGAGGGACAGUCCCAGCAAGCCCUAUCAGUGGAUUCACUACAACGAGACCCUGCUCAGAGCGAAGAACUUCGGUUCUGGAUUGAUCUCGUUAGGCUUGUCUCCUGGAUCCCAAACAUUGGUAGGAUUAUACAGUAUAAACUGUCCUGAAUGGAUCCUCACAGAGCAAGGCUGCUACACCUAUUCGUUGGUGGUCGUACCAUUAUACGACACCUUGGGCCCCGAUGCCUGCGCCUUCAUAAUCAAACAGGCUGAGAUCAACGUCGUUAUCUGUGAAAACGACAAGAAGUGCAAUUUGCUCCUGGACAAAGCCCCAAGCCUGAGAAAAUUGAUAGUAAUCAAAGAAGUGAAGCAGACGACAAUUCAGAGAGCGAAGAACCGUGGGGUGGAGGUGCUGAAGUUUGAAGACGUGGAGCGGCUAGGAGCUCAGAAGAAUCAUCCAGAGAUUCCACCGAAGAUCAACGAUCUCUGCACCAUCUGCUACACGUCUGGUACCACGGGCAACCCUAAGGGUGUGAUGCUGACGCAUCAGAACGUGAUGGCAGGUAUCUGCGCGGUCCUGCUGCAACUGGGGGACCAAAAACCUUCGUACAAGGACACUAUGAUCAGUUUCUUACCGUUGGCUCAAAUGUUGCAACGCUGCUGUGAGAACGGAAUGUAUAUGGUCGGUGGUGCCGUGGGAUUUUACAGUGGGAACAUCAAACUUUUAACGGACGACAUGAAGGCUCUCAGGCCAACCGUGAUGCCAGCUGUCCCUAGGCUAUUAAAUAGAAUGUACGACAAGGUUCAAACAGAACUUCAAAGAUCCUGCUUGAAGCGAUUAGUGUUCAGUCUAGGCAUGCGAGCCAAGGAGGGUGAAAUCAAGAAGGGUGUCAUUAGGACCAACAGUGUAUGGGACAAAUUGACUUUUGGAAAGAUCAGAGAGUCGACAGGAGGAAGAGUUAGACUGAUGAUGGUCGGUUCAGCCCCCUUGGCAGGGAACGUGUUAACGUUCACGAGAUGUGCCUUGGGAUGCUUGGUGGUCGAAGGAUACGGCCAGACCGAGUGCUGCGCGCCCAUCACUCUCACGGUCCAGGGCGACGCAACACCGGAACACGUAGGUCCACCUGUGCCAUGUUGCUGCGUGAAAUUGGUCGAUGUGCCGGAAAUGGAGUAUUACGCCAAGAAAAAUCAGGGCGAGGUCUGCGUGAAGGGGACGAACGUGUUCAUGGGCUACUUCAAGGACCCGGAGAAGACCGCCCAAGUUAUAGAUGAGUUCGGUUGGCACCACACCGGGGACGUUGGCAUGUGGCUGCCUAACGGAACGCUGAAGAUAAUCGACAGGAGAAAACACACGUUCAAGCUUUCGCAGGGUGAAUACAUAGUGCCGGAGAAGAUUGAGGGCACCUAUCUGCGGAGCCAGUAUAUUCACCAAGUGUUCGUUCACGGUGAAUCGUUGAAGUCGUGCAUAGUUGGUAUAGUCGUGCCCGACGUGGACGUUGUUAAAUGUUGGGCCGUUGAAAACGGUAUACCAGGCAUGUUGAGCGUGUUGUGCGCUAAUCAACAAGUGAAGCAGUUGAUAAUGGACGACAUGCUGUCCUGGGGGAAGGAGGCUGGCUUAAAAUCGUUUGAACAGGUAAAGGAUAUUUAUCUUCAUCCGGAUCCGUUUUCGGUACAGAACGGGCUUCUAACGCCGAACCUGAUGAUGAAACGACCUCAGCUGAAGGAGUAUUUCAAACCACAGAUAGACGAUCUCUAUCGACACUUGGACUGACACCCAGACUGAUCUUGAGCAUCGUCCACCUUGAUCCUUCAACAUCUUCCAGCUAGCAUUCAAUUCAACACAAGGUCAUCCUCUUUUUUUUUAUUUGUCAGGCAACCGCAGAAUAAAAAUAGUUUCCAUUGAUUUUUAAAAUACGCAUACAUAUAUACGUACAUAUAUCUUUUGUUUUCUGAUUUGUAAAAAAAAUGUAUAUUUUUUAAAAAAUGAUUCUUGUCUUCUUAAUAAUACGAAUUUCCAUUACAGAGAAGUGAAAUUAGAAUUUAAUUCUUUUUAUUUAACAUAAUUUAUUUCCAUAGUUCUCACAUUUUUGCAUAAAAACUGGUAAUAAGUCACUUAUCACCCUCCUUAGAUGUAUACAAUUUGUGUGUAUAAAAAAUUAAAUACCGUUGACUGGAAACAGAGAAGGGAAAAGAACUGAUCUACAGGAAAUAUAAUGUGAAUUAAUUAAUUGAAA